AUGACCCUGCCACAGCCUGGUUCAGCAGAGAAGACUAUUCGCAAGAUUGAUAUUGCACAGGUCUCUCUGAGUUUGCAGGACCGUCUCGGUUUGGCCAAACUCAAGUACCAACAUGGACGGCUUCAUGGUCUGAACUCGAUUCUACAAGACUCUAAGUUGGGACCAUCCGAUAGUGAAAAGCCUUCAGAUUCCUCCUCCGACUUCUCUCGCAGCCGUUGUGAAACCCCCUUUACCUCGCCGCCCUUACGGGCUGCGACCUACUCGAAAGAACUUCCUCGAUCGGCCCGCAAUAAACAUGCUGUGACCUUUGAUUCACAGGCUAUGCAGCCUAUGCUGACAGCCAGUCGCAAGCGAGUUCGAUCAGAUUCCAAUUCAGAACGUCCUGCGAAGGUGUCUCGAGUCUCUUGGAAGAGUUCUUAUCAAUUGCCUGAAUCUUCCCCAGGUCUGGGGCGUCACACGACACUCCGACGAAAUCAAGUCCCUUUUAUGUCAGAGGCACCAAUCCCCGAGAUGUCAUCUCCUGCAUAUCAUGGCCCAUCCGAUGAAGAGAACGACCCGGAUCUUCCAUUGCAUAGCUUCCAGGUCGCUAAGUCUAUGCCGGGCUCAUCACCUCCUCGAACUCCCCCACCGAAGCAUGCACGCCUGCCACGAACGGACCGAGAGGGAGGAGAUGAUGGUGCUGAUUUGUUACUAUAUCUCGCCAAUUCCCCAACCCCUGCUCGUGUGGCUGCCGGUUCUCAUUCUCACAUCUUUCCUCCUUCGACCCCUCCCAGCCAGCACGCUAUGAUGGCUUCCUUGACUCCAAACCUUGGCACCCCGGGACAACAAUUUAACUUUGCGGAUUUUGUCAAUGUGACUCCUAGUCCUGCACAGCCAGCGUGGGGUAGUCGAACCCCUGGCAAUCCCGCCCGCACUCCUCUUGCCACCAAGGAUGCCCGUAAGCGGCUGAACUUUGAUGGUCUAGUUCCUCCCAGUGCCUCCCCUCGGAUGCGUAAGGAGGGAUUAGCUCUUCAGCUCGGAGGCGAGUUGCGUCGCUAA